AUGAUGCGCCAGGUGCUCCUUUUUAUCCUUUGUCUUGGUGGGGCUCUGGGCCAGAAGUUCUGUGGAGCGGGGUUUCAUGGCAUCUCCGGCUUAGAAGCUGUCAUGAGGAGACGCUUCGCCAACAAGGAAUGGCAAGCAAACCGUACGGUGACCUACGACUUGCAAGAUCACCUGCUCGAGCUCGUUUUGACGGCCCCGAGCGCUCUCAACACGCAACCCAGCAGACUGGUCGUUGUUGACACGGAGGAGUCCAAGCAGCGGCUAGCUGAGGCCAUGGACGGCCCCAACCCGCACCACGUGCUCGCAUCCUCCUUCUCGGUGGUCUUCGCUGCUGAUCCAGAGCCUCCUCUUCCUGCAGAUGCUCCAUCCUUCGCAGCCCAAGUGCUGAGGGACGUGUCUCUGGCCCAGGCCUGCAGUCAUCAAGCAUGGGCCGAGAAGCAGGUGAUGCUCCAAGUGGCAUACUUCCUACUGGCAGCGACGGAACACGGGCUGGCCACAAACCCCAUGGAGGGCUUCAAAUCCAAAGCAGCGGUGCGAGAGGCCGUGGGCUUGCCAGACAACCACGGUGUCGCUGUAGUCGUGUCCGUGGGAUAUGCCCAGUCUGAAGUGGCACAGGCAUCCAGACGGCCUCUAAGGGAGGUGUGCUUCCGAGAGAAGUACGGUGUCAAUCCCUGUUAG